AUGGGGAGGGCGGGAGCUGCACCGGUUGGGCGGCCGCCGCCUCCCCGCUCGGUUGGGGACGCCCCGCCCCCUCGGCCCCGCCCCCCUCCGCCUGGGCUGGGCGCCGCGCGCCGCCGCCGAGGAAGGGGGGCGCGCGCCCGAGGCAGCGGCGCGGCGAUUGGCCGGCCCUGGGCGUGGGGGGCGGGCCCAGCUCCCGGGAGGCGGCCCGCGGAUUGGCCGCGCUCGCGGAGGGACGCGGCGCGCCAUUGGCUGAGCCCCGGCCGCGCCCCGCUGGCCGACGGGAAGGCGGCGUUUGAAUCGCUCGGACGUUACAGAGGGAGGGAAGGCGGCGGCGAACACCGGCCGUUUGGAGGGUGGCUCCGGAAAGGCGCAAUGGAAGGCGGCCCGCUCCUCGGGAGUAGCGUGCGGCAGUUACCCCUCACGGAACAGAAGGCAAACAUGGAUGGCGGACGAUUGUCCCUGCUGACAGCAGCCUCCCGGCUUCCCGUGCCUGGCUUGCGGCCCAAACGCCCGGCCACCAGUGAGAAUGAGCCCCCGAGAGAGAGUUGGAAGUGUGCCCGUGUCUCGCUUGCUCCCCCAAAGAGAGGAGCCACGUCAGUCGCCGUCUCCCAGCCGAAAGAGGCCCCUGCUGCUGCCGCCGCUCUCCGUAGCCGGCGUGGGCCUGGUCGUCGCUCGACUAUUCGAGCAGGAAGGGCCACGGGCGUGGCUUCCACAACAGUGCUCAGCCGUCGGCCAGUGCCUGCCGCAGCAGCAGCAGCUCCCACAUCAGCAGCCCGUGCUCCUGCCGCAGCGGGAGGUGGUGAGAAGAAGCGGGCCCCCUGGGACCUGAAAGGGCAGGUGAGUGACCUGCGGGCCAAAGUGGGCGCUCUCAAGGAGAAGGCUCAGGGCCUGGACAGCGAGAACCGAGGGCUGAAGCAGCAGGUGGCCGGCCUGGAGCAGGAGCUGCAGCGAGUGGCGGCUGAGAACGGGGAGCUGGGCUGCCGGGCCAGCUCACUGGCCUUAGAAUUGCAGGUUUGGCAGGACCGGGCGAAAGAGAGUCUCCAGAAAUUGUCUGAGCUCUCGGCAAGAGAGCAGCAGCUGGAGGAGACGGUGAGGAGCCAGAACCAGACGAUUGGGGAGCUAGAAGGUGCCAAGAAGGAGCUGGAGGAGGCCCAGCAGGUCCUGGCCGCCCAGCUGAGCACCAUGGCGGCACAACUGCGACUUGCUGAGGAGGCUCUGGCCCAACAAAGGCAGGAGAAUGAGGCAUUGCAGGCCCGAAUGGCAGAGCAGGACAGGCGGCUGCAUGACUCAGAGAUGGAGCGCCGGAGUCUGCACAACAUGGUGCAAGAGCUGAAGGGCAACAUCCGGGUCUUCUGCCGCGUGCGCCCGCUCCUGCCGUGGGAGAAGGAGGCCCAGAAGGGGAUGGGGCACCUGCGCUUCCCUCCAGAUGACAACCGGACCCUGGUGCUCUCCAAGGCGGAGGAGUCCCACGUUGGGCGCGAGCGCAAGGAUGACAUCACUUACGAGUUCAACUUUGACCGAGUCUUCCCACCCUUGAGUUUGCAGGAAGACGUGUUUGAGGAGAUCGCUCUGCUCGUGCAGUCCGCCCUGGACGGGUACAACGUCUGCAUAUUCGCCUACGGCCAGACCGGGAGCGGCAAGACUUACACCAUGGAGGGGCCGGAGGACCUGGCCCCUACCACCGCCGGCAUGAUCCCCCGGGCCGUGCAGCAGAUCUUCCGGGCCUCCCGCCAGAUGGAGGCCAAAGGCUGGAAGUACCAGUUCACAGCCAACUUCCUGGAGAUCUACAACGAGUCGCUGCGGGACCUGCUGGUGCUGCGGCCUGAGCGGAGCUCCGAGCUGGAGAUCAAGCGGGUGAACCAGAGCACGGAGGAGCUGCACGUCCCCAACUUGUCCUACGUCCCUGUCGCUUCAGAGGGGGAGGUGCUGAAGCUGCUGCAGAUGGCCAAGGCCAACCGGUCGGUAGCCAAAACCACCCUCAACGAGCGCUCCUCGCGGAGCCACAGCCUUUUCCAGCUCCACAUUGAGGGUCAGCACGCCAACCGGGACGUGCACACCUCCUCUGUGUUGAACCUGGUGGACCUGGCCGGCAGUGAGCGCCUGGACAAGUCCCUGUCGAAGGGGGAGCGGCUGAAGGAGACCCAGGCCAUCAACAGCAGCCUCUCCAACCUGGGCCUGGUCAUCAUGGCUCUCAGCAACAAGGAAGCCCACGUGCCCUACAGGAACAGCAAGCUCACCUACCUCCUUCAGAACUCCUUGGGAGGCAGCUCCAAGAUGCUGAUGUUUGUGAACAUCUCGCCCUUGGAGGAGAACUUUGCUGAGUCCCUCAACUCACUGCGUUUUGCCAGAAAAGUGAACGAGUGUAUCAUUGGCACAGCACAAACUCAUCGUAAAUAA